CGCCCAGGUGAGCGCCGGCGGCCAUCCCGCCGCUCCCGGCAUCCCGCCGCUCCCGGCACCCCGGCAUCCCGCCCCCGGCGCCACCGCCGCCUCCCGCCCGCAGCCAGGUUAUUUUGAGUAAUUCUGAAAAUAACCCUCAACAUGCCUGAAAAUCCUGCAGCAGAUAAGCAGCAGGUGCUGCAGAUCCUGGAUCGGCUGCAGGCAAAACUGCAGGAGAAGAGGGAUUCCCAACACCAGGAAAACCUGACUAUUCUACGGAACACCCUCAGGAGCCCCUUGUUCAACCAGAUACUGACUCUCCAGCAAUCCAUCAAGCAGCUGAAGGAACAACUCAAUUACAUGCCCCCUGACCGCUCAGUGGAUUUUGAUUUUACCAAGAGGGGGUUGUUGGUGUUUGCUGACAAAUCAGUCACUGCUGGGACACCUUGCACUUCACCUGGACCCAAAGCAUCAGCCUUCACUCCAAACCUGGGAGUUAAUGAAUUUAACAUGAUCAUCCAGCAAAUGGCAAAGGGAAGACAAAUAGAAUCAAUAAAGAUUGAUAAACCUUCUGUUGGAGGUCUCGGAUUUAGUGUGGUUGCCCUUAAAAAUCCCAGCCUGGGAGAAGUUGGUAUCUUUGUCAAGGAAGUCCAGCCAGGAAGCAUAGCUGACAGGGAUCAAAGACUGAGGGAAAAUGACCACAUACUGGCCAUUAAUUGCACGCCAUUGGAUCAGAACAUUUCCCAUCAGCACGCCAUUGCCCUCCUCCAGCAAUCCACAGGAUCCCUGCAUCUGGUGGUGGCUCGGGAGCCACUUCAAGGGAACAGCAGAACCGCCUUAUUAAGUGAUGUAAAUCCACCUGAGACUAUUCACUGGGGCCACAUUGAAGACGUUGAGCUGAUUAACGAUGGUUCAGGAUUAGGCUUUGGAAUCGUAGGAGGAAAGUCGAGUGGAGUAGUUGUAAGAACAAUUGUUCCUGGGGGAUUAGCAGAUCGGGAUGGGAGGCUGCGGACAGGAGAUCACAUCUUGCAGAUUGGAGGGACCAACGUGCAAGGAAUGAGCAGUGAGCAGGUCGCCCAAGUGCUGAGGAACUGUGGGAAUUCUGUCAGGAUGAUCGUUGCGAGGGACCCCAAGUGUGAAGUCGUGGAGGCUCCACCACCUCCUGUGAGCUGGCCAGUCAGCACAUUACCUUCGCUUCAAAAUGGGAAUGAUAAUGACAACUUUUUUGAUACCUAUGAUGUUGAACUUAUAAAAAAGAAUGGGCAAAGCCUGGGAAUAACAAUUGUUGGAUAUGCUGGCACAUGUGACAUAGAACCUUCAGGGAUUUUUGUGAAAAAUAUAAUACCUGGUAGUGCUGCUGACCACAAUGGCCAAAUUCAUGUUCAUGACAAAAUUGUUGCUGUUGAUGGAGUCAACAUACAGGAUUUUACCAACCAAGAAGUGGUAGAGGCCCUGCGAAACACGGGACGGACUGUGCGUCUCACCUUGCUUAGAAGGAAACCUUCCUCUACUGUUUCUUCAGAAACACCUUCAGAUAGAGGAAGAGUCCCACUCCCUCCAGCACAUGAGCUAAAAUCCAAGUGGGAAAACCUGCUGGGACCAGAAUACGAAGUUAUGGUUGUGAACGUGGAUAUGCCCUUUACAGACGAUUCAGAGCUCCAGAAGUACUCAAAGUUACUACCCAUCCACACUCUGAGAUUAGGAGUUGAGCUGGACACGUUUGAUGGACAUCAUUAUAUAUCAUCCAUUGCUCCAGAUAGCCCAGCUGCAGCACUUGGUCUUCUGCAACUGGAGGAUGAACUUCUGGAGGUAAAUGGAGUGCAGCUGUACGGAAAAUCCCGGCGUGAGGCCGUCACCUUCCUCAAGGAAGUGCCACCCCCUUUCACCCUGGUGUGCUGCCGGCGGCUCUUCGAUGACGGCACCGAGUCCCUCGUGGACGAGCCCCCCGUGGCAGCUUCUCCUCCAGAGCAAAAGGUGAAACCCGAGGAAGACUUCAAUCCCGAGGAGGAAGAAGGGGAAUUGGCAUUAUGGUCUCCUGAUGUGAAGGUUAUUGAGCUGGAGAAAGACAAGAAUGGUUUAGGAUUCAGCAUUUUAGACUAUCAGGAUCCCUUGGAUCCAGCAGGAACAGCCAUUGUGAUCAGCUCCCUGGUGGCAGGUGGAGUGGCCGAGCGCGGGGGGCAGAUUUUGCCGGGUGACCGCUUGGUGUUCGUGAAUGAGAAAUACUUGGAUGGUGCCACCUUGGCAGAGGCAGUGGAAGUGUUAAAAUCUGUGCCCCCAGGUACAGUUUCCCUUGGAAUCUGCAAGCCUUUGGUGGGAGAAAGCAGAGAGGAGGAGAACAUGCACGGUGUGGAUACUAACAGCAUCAAAAGCAGCCCUGGGUCUCCAGAGCCAAUAGAUAACACCAAUUUCUCAGUAAUACUUGAAGCACCACAGGGUUUCAGAGAUGAGGCACCUUUUAAAGAAGAGUUUGUUGAUGAACCCCAUUUGGACUUGGGAAGAUCAUUUCAGCUUCCUCAGAAGGAUGAUGAGUAUGGGAAGGAGUCCUGGGAGAUGUGUGAAUUUCUGAAACCCAGAGCAGAGGAUGUGGGCGAGGAACGGGAAAUGUUGGUGGAUGAGGAGUAUGAAGAGGAUUCAGACUUCCUGAAAUGUGAUGCAUCAGGUGGAGAGAAGGCAACUUCAGACAAGAACCUGGAUACAGAACGAUGGGCAAAGCAACUGGAGACUGCUGAAAUACAAGAUUUAAGAUCCAGUGUUAGCCUAAGUCCCAAAGAGUCCCUGGAAUAUGCAUUCAGUAAAGAUCAAAUGUGUGAAGAGAAUGCUACUGUAAGGUCACACUUUUCUGGAACCACAGCACACAGCAGCUACCAAAAAGACAUAUUUGAUACUGAACCAACCCAGUCAGGAGUGAAAACUGAGAUGGAUUUAGGGGCAAAGCUUCAGAGUGACUCCAGAGGACCUGGGCUUACUGUUGAUUUGGAAGCUAUUGAAAAGGAAGCACUAAAAGAGGAGAAUUAUGUUUUUUCCAACAAGGAAUCUGAGAGAGUAACCACCUUAGCUCAGCCUAGAACAGCAUCAUGCAGUGAAUUACCCGAGAGAGAAGAAGGAGAAGGAGAAGAAACUCCAAACUUCAGCCACUGGGGACCACCACGGACUGUUGAGAUCUUCAGAGACCCUCACGUGUCUCUUGGAAUCAGUAUUGUUGGUGGACAAACUGUCAUAAAGCGCCUGAAGAAUGGAGAAGAACUUAAAGGGAUCUUUAUCAAACAAGUUUUGGAAGACAGCCCAGCAGGAAGAACAAGGGCUUUAAAAACUGGAGAUAAAAUACUUGAGGUUUCUGGGGUAGACCUACAAAAUGCCACCCACGAGGAAGCAGUGGAAGCCAUCAAGAAUGCAGGAAAUCCUGUGGUGUUUGUAGUCCAGGGCUUGGCUAAUGUACCAAAAGUGGUUUCUCCUGCCCAGCCUAAGGGAAUCAAAGUCAGCAAAGAUCAGGAUGCAGACAAAGAAAAUAAGAGUGAUAAGAGAAAAUAUGGGGCUCCACCUCCCAUGAAGCUGCCACCUCCUUACAGAGCACUCGAAAGGCAUCAUGCAGAGGAGGCUGCCCUGGAUGAAGAGGAGGAUGAGGAUGCUUGUGCAGAGAAAAAAAUCAGGCAGAGAUAUGCAGAUCUCCCGGGAGAGUUGCACAUUAUUGAGCUCGAGAAAGACAAGAAUGGGCUGGGGCUCAGCCUGGCUGGCAACAAGGACCGCUCCCGGAUGAGCAUCUUCGUGGUUGGGAUCAAUCCCGAUGGCCCCGCGGGACGGGACGGACGGAUGCACAUCGGGGAUGAACUCCUGGAGAUAAACAAUCAGAUAUUGUAUGGAAGAAGCCACCAGAAUGCUUCUGCAAUCAUUAAAACUGCCCCAUCAAAGGUCAAGCUGGUUUUCAUACGAAGUGAAGAUGCAGUCAACCAGAUGGCUGUCACUCCCUUCCCACUGCCUUCAGGCUCCCACUCUGCUAUUGAGGACCACGGUGGCACCGAACCCGCAAGCGGCGAGGAAGACCCGAGCUUGGAAGUUGUCAUGAAAAGCUUGACUGAUGAGGAAUGCAACAAGGCUGAUGUGAAAUGUAAAGCUGACACACCAGUGGUGGCAGAUCAGCAGGAGACAGAGGAGCAGCUCCCAGAAAAUGUCCUCAACCAGAUCAGACAGUCCAGAUCUUCCACGAAAGCCCCCGUGAGCUCACAGGAGAUUCCCCUGGAGCCAGCACCCACUUACCUUUCUCCCGAGGCAGAAGUCCCCAGCCGUAGUGUCUUCCCAUCUCCACUGCCUGUGGAUCCAGCAACAUGUCCCAUAGUUCCAGGGCAGGAGAUGACCAUAGAGAUCUCCAAGGGCCGCUCAGGCCUCGGGCUCAGCAUCGUCGGGGGCAAGGACACUCCACUGGAUGCCAUAGUGAUCCAUGAAGUUUAUGAGGAGGGGGCCGCAGCCCGAGAUGGCAGACUUUGGGCUGGCGAUCAGAUUCUGGAGGUGAAUGGGAUCGAUCUGCGGAACGCCAGCCACGAGGAAGCGAUCACUGCGCUGCGGCAGACGCCCCAGAAGGUGCAGCUGGUGGUUUACAGGAAUGAAGCACAUUACAAGGAUGAGGAAAACCUGGAGAUUUUCUCUGUAGAUAUCCAAAAGAAAACGGGCCGAGGACUGGGGCUCAGCAUAGCUGGGAAACGAAAUGGAAGUGGAGUGUUUAUCUCUGACAUUGUUAAAGGAGGAGCUGCAGACCUAGAUGGAAGAUUAAUUCAAGGAGAUCAGAUUUUGUCUGUAAAUGGGGAGGAUAUGAGAAAUGCCUCACAAGAGACUGUUGCCACUAUACUUAAGUGUGCCCAAGGCCUGGUGCAUCUUGAACUUGGGAGACUGAGAGCUGGGUCAUGGCUGUCAUCACGGAAAACAUCCCAAAACAGUCAGGCGAGCCAACAGAGUGUCCACAGCCACUUCCACCCCGCGCUUGCUCCCGUCCUCUCCACCUUGCAGAACUUUGUCAGCACAAAAAGGUCCUCAGCAGACACAUCCCAGAGAAACUCAGGAGGAGCCGAUAUGGGCCCAAGGACUGUGGAGAUAACGAGGGGCCCGAAUGAUGCACUGGGUGUCAGCAUAGCAGGAGGGAAGGGCAGUCCCUUGGGAGACAUUCCCAUCUUCAUCGCUAUGAUCCAGGCCAGUGGAGUGGCUGCUCGGACACAAAGGCUCAGAGUUGGAGAUCGGAUUGUCAGCAUUAAUGGGCAACCUUUGGAUGGGCUGUCUCAUGCAGAUGCAGUUAAUCUACUAAAGAAUGCUUAUGGGAGCAUUAUCCUGCAGGUGGUGGCUGACACCAACAUCAGUGCCAUUGCCAGCCAGCUGGAGAGCAUGUCCACGGGCUGCAGCCUGAACGCGCCCUCCGAGCACCCCGCCGACGAUCCCGAAGCACCUCAACCUAAGAUUAUUACUUUGGAGAAAGGCUCUGAUGGACUGGGAUUUAGUAUUGUAGGGGGGUAUGGAAGUCCCCAUGGAGACCUGCCCAUUUAUGUCAAGACUAUAUUUGCCAAGGGUGCGGCGGCCGACGACGGACGGCUGAAGCGCGGGGACCAGAUCGUGGCCGUCAACGGGGAGGCCCUGGAAGGCGUCACCCACGAGCAGGCUGUGGCCAUCCUGAAGCGCCAGAGGGGCACGGUGACACUGACAGUGCUGUCCUGAGCGUCACAGAGAUAAACACAAUUCUUUUAGGCCAUCAGUAGAGCUGUCAAACACUGCCCAGCCCCCGGCAGAGCCUGGCAAACAUGGAUCAGCCUUCCCGCCGCUGCCAGGCCGCGCAGUGCGCAUCUCCAGCUUCAUUCAGCCUCCCACGUUUAUCAGCCUUUCUCCCCGCCCUCCACAACUUCUGGUGGCUUUGGAGGUUUCUCUGGACAAGUUUAAUUAAGGAACUUCAAAGGACGAGAUUCGUUCUGCUUUAUUUAAUGCGUCGGUUUGUCCCCGCUGGUCCGAACCCCGGUUGCGACUGCUGAACCUGGAAUCAGUUCGCACACAAAGGAGAAUUCCGAUCAUCAACUGAUCUCAUCUGAUGAGCAGAAAUAAAUGCCGAGUGACUUGUCAUCUCACUCAUGAUUUACUUAUGCUAAUUGUUCUUUCAAGUAUGCCAGAAAACAUUAGCAAUGUAAUUAAAUUACCACUGUUCCAAAUGAUGAAAUAUCAAAUUCUCCUCUGGGAAAUUAUUUGUGCUCGGCACAGUAAGUCUGAUAGUCAAAUGUGAACUUCUCAUGUUUAUCUCUUUGGGUAGGUCUAUGGAAGUUAGUCAGAGGUAAUUACUGUGAUGUGUCAAUUUGCAGCCUUUAGCAUGAAAAAUAAACGAGGGGAGAGGGAAAUUUAUUUUUUUAGGCUUUUAAAAUGUUUGAGCCUUUUCAGAUAUUUAGGCAGCAUGAACAACAACAGCGUAGCUCAGUCUAUUCUAAUUAUAUUUUUUAAGAAGAAAUGUGCUGUUAUAUGCCAGGCAUGUCGCAUACAAAGGCAGUUGUUGUCGUGCCAAGCUGCAGCAUAAUUGUUCAUCCUGAAACUUCCACGAAGACAAAAAGUUUGCUUCGGGAAUGUGAUCCUGUAGUUCUCGGAAUGACGGUGAGCAGUCCCUCCAGCUCGAUGGAGUUCAUCCUACCCAGCAAACUGAUUUAUAUUUCUGGGAGUCUCCCCAGGAUCAGGUAGUGCAAGGAAGAGGCUUUCAUGCAUCACAGAGGAUGCUCCUCUCUUGGGGCUGCCAGAGUCAAUUUUGGGUAACACCAGGCACUACCAGGCAGUGCUGGGAUGAUCUCCCACAGCCAGCUGCAGCAGUUUGGGAUGAUGUUUCUCAGUCCCCUCCAGCGAGUUGGGCAGCUCAGUUGAAACCCCAGCCAAUUUUUGGGGGUCUGAAGCUCACAAGGAGCCUUCCCAAGGCCGGUCCCACUCCACUGUGGAGGUGGGAGUGCAGGAACGUUUAGCCAAAAGUUCCCAGCUUCAUUCCAUGUCCCAGCCAUCCUGCCGUGAUUAUAUGAGCGUGGCCUUGGUGAUUUAGCAGAUGAAUUUGGCAGGCAGAUUCCUGGCAGUGCAAGGCAUUGUGGGUUAAUCUUCCUAUCCAGAGGAGCAGGAGGGGUUUGGAGGAAGCAGCCCAGUCUGACUUGGACUAUUUGGCAUAAUUUAUAAUGAUGAUGUAGCUGGGAGAAAGGAAAGGGGGGGCGGGGUCAAAAUUGGUUGCUCAUUUUGUGUGAAAAAUUCCAGGAAUUAAAUGGAAAGAAGGUUCAAAAUCUGCAGUAUAAUAACUGAGCAGUGCAGGGGGGUGUUGUUCUGUGUCAUUUAGUGGAAUUUUCCGCAUUUUGCAUACAGGAACAGGUCCUGAAGCGAGGUGAACUACACUGAGACAGGAAUGCUGCGAUUAAUUCUCAUGGAGAAGGGUUUUCCUUAUUUCCUUAGAAAGUUUUCCAUAACUUUAGGUAAUCACAAAGUGCAUUUAGCCUGCUGGAACCAUUGGUGGGUAUUCCCUUAAGAGUGCCUGGAAGAGACUUCUCAUUUUCAGUGGAUUCCCAGUGUCCUGUUGGAUUUGCCAAGUGAGGUGUGAAUGGAAUCUUGAUUGCAGGAAUAGCUCCAGAUGUAGAAAACUGGGGAAUUCUUAACAAACUGCUUGGGUUGCACAAGUAUCCGAGGCAUGCAGCAGUUCAAGGUGAGAUGUGAGGAGGUGCCCUCAGCAACAGUGUGUGGAAUUUGCCAACCAAAGGGAAUGAUUCCUCUGUCCUGUUGUUUUUAUAGCCGCUGCGUUCCGACUCUGAGACGUUGCCACAUUUAAUCAAUGAAGUUGUACACGGCUAUUUAUUAGCCUGUGAUGCACAUGCAGUUCAUAGACAUAAAUAGAAUUUAUGGGCUGAGACAUUUUGCACUUCUCGUUGCUCAGAAGGAGAGAGAACAUUUUCUGCUUCCUGUAAUUUGCACUUUGUGUGUUUGAGUAUAUUACUGCCAAAAAAUUAUAUUGCAAAUAAUUGAUAAACCAGUGACCACGCUCCACGUGCAGGACCAAGGCAGAGAAUUCAGUUUGCAUCAUGCUUGUCUGGGUGGAGGUGUUCUGGUUUGUUUAGAACUUUAUUUCUGCGCAAGGGAAAAAGCAAUUAAACCUCCUGAUUGUAUGUUUACGUAUACCAGUAAAAGGAGACGUUUUAUGACUUCAGGGGUUCUAAAUAAAGCUCGGUUGCGUAAGUA